GCAGAGUCUGCCGGGCAUCUCCUGUGUCUGUUGAACCCAGGCCGAGGCCGCCGAACGCCGAGAGAUGGCCUGGGUCGACCUGCACAGCGCGGCCGCCCGCGGCGACCUGGACCAGCUGCGGCGGCACUGGUGGCUGAAGAAAUUCUUCAUCAACAGGCGCAACGCUGACAAGCUGACACCUCUGCAUCUUGCUUGCAUAAAUGGCCAUGCAGAUAUUGUUCGGUUUCUAGUAGGCAAGAAUUGCAAGCUAAAUCCUGGUGACAAAUAUAAGAGAUCACCACUGAUGCUGGUAUGUGAAAGGGGCAUAUGUUGUCUUAUGAUUGAAGAUGCUUGAACUUUCCAGUGUUGGGAAGACGCAGGAGUUCUGACA